AUGCAAGCACCUACGGAGCGAAUGCCAGCUAGCCAAGCCUCUCCAGAGGCCGCAUCACCAACAGGUGAUCAACAUCCGCAGGAGUCGCACCAAACUCAUCAUCCAACGCCAGGCACUCCUGCACAAUGUCCAACACCCACCGCCACGCCCGUCAAUCAUCCACCAGUCCAAGUCGUCCCCCGGCCCCAGGCAGACAUCGAUGAAAUCUUCGAAGCUAUAGAAACCAAUAACUUCGACUCUCCCAUCUUUGGGGAAGCAGGUGCGGUAUACCACGACAAACUUACCCGUCGGCUCAUGCCCAAGACACCUAUGUUUCAGCAUUACAACAUCAUUCCUGAGGUGCCUCAACCGAGGCCUGUAGCUGCUCCGAAUGAUAGACUGCAAACGCCUGAUACGCCGACACCUAAGCCCAAGCCCAAGCCUAAGCCUAAGCCUAAGAAGAGGAAGCGGGAUGAGACGCCGCAGGAGCCGGUUGGCCAAGAGGAGGUAGUGGUCAAGGAAGAGCCGGUGGAGAAGAAGCAGAAAGGUGUGAAGGUCGAGGAUGUCGCGUAG